CCUUGUCCCUAUGAGGGUUUUGACCCACCACAUCAAAGUGACACAAGAACUAUUUACGUAGCCAACCGGUUUCCUCAGAAUGGCCUUUACACACCUCAGAAAUUUAUAGAUAACCGGAUUAUUUCAUCUAAGUAUACUGUGUGGAAUUUUGUUCCAAAAAACUUAUUUGAACAAUUCAGAAGAGUGGCAAACUUUUAUUUUCUUAUUAUAUUUUUGGUUCAGCUUAUGAUUGAUACACCUACCAGUCCAAUUACCAGUGGACUUCCAUUAUUCUUUGUGAUAACAGUAACUGCCAUAAAGCAGGGAUAUGAAGAUUGGUUACGACAUAACUCAGAUAAUGAAGUAAAUGGAGCUCCUGUUUAUGUUGUUCGAAGUGGUGGCCUUGUAAAAACUAGAUCAAAAAACAUUCGGGUGGGUGAUAUUGUUCGAAUAGCCAAAGAUGAAAUUUUCCCUGCAGAUUUGGUGCUGUUGUCUUCAGAUCGACUUGAUGGUUCUUGUCACAUUACAACUGCUAGUCUGGAUGGAGAAACUAACCUGAAGACCCAUGUGGCAGUUCCAGAAACAGCAGUAUUACACACAGUUGCCAAUUUGGACACUCUUGUAGCUGUGAUAGAAUGUCAGCAACCAGAAGCAGACUUAUACAGAUUCAUGGGACGAAUGAUAAUAACUCAACAAAUGGAAGAAAUUGUAAGACCUCUGGGGCCAGAGAGUCUCUUGCUUCGUGGAGCCAGAUUAAAAAACACAAAAGAAAUUUUUGGUGUUGCUGUGUACACCGGAAUGGAAACAAAGAUGGCAUUAAAUUACAAGAGCAAGUCCCAGAAACGAUCUGCAGUAGAAAAGUCAAUGAAUACAUUUUUGAUAAUUUAUCUAAUAAUACUUAUAUCUGAAGCCAUCAUCAGUACUAUCUUGAAAUAUACAUGGCAAGCUGAGGAAAAAUGGGAUGAACCUUGGUAUAACCAAAAAACAGAACAUCAGAGAAAUAGUAGUAAGAUUCUGAAAUUUAUUUCAGACUUCCUUGCCUUUUUGGUACUCUACAAUUUCAUCAUUCCAAUUUCAUUAUAUGUGACAGUCGAAAUGCAGAAAUUUCUUGGGUCAUUUUUUAUUGGCUGGGAUCUUGAUCUCUAUCAUGAAGAAUCAGAUCAGAAAGCUCAAGUCAAUACUUCUGAUCUGAAUGAAGAGCUUGGACAGGUGGAGUAUGUGUUUACAGAUAAAACUGGUACACUGACAGAAAAUGAGAUGCAUUUUCGGGAAUGUUCAAUUAAUGGCAUAAAAUACCAAGAAAUCAAUGGUAGACUUGUAUCCGAAGGACCAACACCAGACUCUUCAGAAGGAAACUUAACUUAUCUAAGUAGUUUAUCUCAUCUUAACAACAUAUCCCAUCUUACAUCCAGUUCUUCUUUUAGAACUGGUCCUGAAAAUGAAACUGAACUAAUUAAAGAACAUGAUCUCUUCUUUAAAGCAGUCAGCCUCUGUCACACUGUACAGAUUAGUAAUGUUCAGACUGAUGGCAUUGGUGAUGGUCCCUGGCAAUCCAGCCUUACACCCUCCCAGUUGGAAUACUAUGCAUCUUCACCAGAUGAAAAAGCUCUAGUGGAAGCUGCUGCAAGAAUUGGCAUUGUGUUUAUUGGCAAUACUGAAGAAACUAUGGAAGUUAAAACACUUGGAAAACUGGAACGGUACAAACUGCUUCAUAUUCUGGAAUUUGAUUCAGAUCGUAGGAGAAUGAGUGUAAUUGUUCAAGCACCUUCAGGUGAGAAGUUUUUAUUUGCUAAAGGAGCUGAAUCAUCAAUUCUUCCUAAAUGUAUAGGUGGAGAAAUAGAAAAAACCAGAAUUCAUGUAGAUGAAUUUGCUUUGAAAGGACUAAGAACUCUGUGCAUGGCCUAUAGACAAUUAACAUCUAAAGAGUAUGAGGUAAUAGAUAGACGCUUAUUUGAAGCCAGGACUGCCUUGCAGCAACGGGAAGAGAAAUUGGCAAAUGUCUUCCAGUUCAUAGAGAAAGAUCUGAUAUUACUUGGAGCUACAGCAGUAGAAGACAGACUACAAGAUAAAGUACGAGAAACUAUUGAAGCAUUGAGAAUGGCUGGUAUCAAAGUAUGGGUACUUACUGGAGAUAAACAUGAAACAGCUGUUAGUGUGAGUUUAUCAUGUGGACAUUUUCACAGAACCAUGAAUAUCCUUGAACUUAUAAACCAGAAAUCAGACAGUGAAUGUGCUGAACAAUUGAGGCAGCUUGCCAGAAGAAUUACAGAGGAUCAUGUGAUUCAGCAUGGGCUAGUGGUGGAUGGGACCAGCCUAUCUCUUGCACUCAGGGAGCACGAAAAACUAUUUAUGGAUGUUUGCAGAAAUUGUUCAGCUGUAUUGUGCUGUCGUAUGGCACCACUGCAGAAAGCCAAGGUAAUAAGACUGAUAAAAAUUUCACCUGAGAAACCUAUUACAUUGGCUGUUGGCGAUGGUGCUAAUGAUGUAAGCAUGAUACAAGAAGCACAUGUUGGCAUAGGAAUUAUGGGUAAAGAAGGAAGACAGGCUGCAAGAAACAGUGACUAUGCAAUAGCUAGAUUUAAAUUCCUCUCCAAAUUGCUUUUUGUUCAUGGUCAUUUUUAUUAUAUUAGAAUAGCUACCCUUGUACAGUACUUUUUUUAUAAGAAUGUGUGCUUUAUCACACCCCAAUUUUUAUAUCAGUUCUACUGUUUGUUUUCUCAACAAACACUGUAUGACAGCGUGUACCUGACAUUAUACAAUAUUUGUUUUACUUCCCUACCUAUUCUAAUAUAUAGUUUACUAGAACAGCAUGUAGACCCUCAUGUAUUACAAAGCAAGCCCACCCUCUAUCGAGACAUUAGUAAAAACCGUCAACUGAGUAUUAAAACUUUUCUUUAUUGGACCAUACUGGGUUUCAGUCAUGCCUUUAUUUUCUUUUUUGGAUCCUAUUUUCUAAUGGGGAAAGAUAUAUCUCUGCUUGGAAAUGGCCAGAUGUUUGGCAACUGGACAUUUGGCACCUUGGUCUUCACAGUCAUGGUUAUUACAGUCACAGUAAAGAUGGCUUUGGAAACUCAUUUUUGGACCUGGAUCAAUCAUCUUGUUACCUGGGGAUCUAUAAUAUUCUAUUUUGUGUUUUCUUUGUUUUAUGGAGGGAUUCUCUGGCCAUUUUUGGGCUCCCAGAAUAUGUACUUUGUAUUUUUUCAGCUCCUAUCAAGUGGUUCUGCUUGGUUUGCCAUAAUCCUCAUGGUUGUUAUAUGUCUUUUGCUUGAUAUUGUGAAAAAAGUAUUUGACAGACAGCUCCAUCCUACAAAUACUGAAAAGGCACAGAAUAACAACGUGGUGUUAAGAGUGAAGAAAGCUAACAGCCAUACAAAUGUCAGUCAUAUGUACUCCAACACAGUUGCUUUAAGUGACGAGUUCAUCGCACUGCAGCCAUUGUCGAGGGCAAGGAAUCAGCUGAGCAAACUUAGCUUACUGAAACAAAUUCAAGUAUCAAGUGCUUGGACUCCAUGUGCUGUUUCUCAGAAGGAGAAACAGCGUGCGCAUCUAUUAGAAGAAUGCUGGAACGAGUUAUAGGAAGAUGUAGUCCGACCCAUGUCAGCAGAUUAUGGAGUGCAUCGGAUCCUUUCUAUACCAACGACAGGAGCAUCUUGACUCUCUCCACAAUGGACUCAUCUACUUGUUAAAAGGGCAGUAGUACUUUGUGGGAGCCAUUUCAGCUCCUUUUCUAAAAUUCAGUGUGAUCAUCCUGGCCACCGUAGCUCUACAGAAUUACUUUCUGAAAUGUCUGGAAUAGUUACUUCAUACCCACUCAGAGUUAUAAUGGCAAAGAAAAAGCAUUAACGCAAACAACUCUUAACCCCCUUAAUUUAAUCUGAAUAUGUUAAAAUUUGUGAAUAAAGAGACAUUUUCCAUCUGUUUGUCUGGGUUGUCCCUUGUGCUUGUGGGACUCCUAAUGACAUUUCAGCCUCUUGCUAAGGCCACCACAUUAUAAUAUUAAGGUAGAAAGAGAUAAUUCCUACUUAAUUGUAUUUUUUAGUAUUAGCUUAGUUAUCGAGUCUUCUAUUUAAAUCUGCUUCUGUAAAUUAUGCUGAAAAGUUUGCCUUUGAAAACUCUAUUUUUUCAUUAGAGUUGUAUUUGAAGCUUUUCAUGAGAAAAGUAAAUGUGAAUAGUAAGAAUUUUGGUCCCUUAGUGACCCAUGUUGUUAAUUCAUCAGUGCUUUCUAAGUUCAUAGAGCAAAUUAGGACAGUGCAUUUCUAACCAUUAUUUACUGCACUGUGGGUAGUAAAUGUAUUCCAGUACCAAACUUCUCUAAAUGUACUGUAAUGUAACCAGUAAAGGUAACCAACCAUAUACAUGCAAAGGGUAAAUCAUAUCUUAAACAUAAAUCGGGAAUCAAGUCCAUUCACCAGAUUUCAAAUAGAUGUUUACUAAUAUUUUUAUGACAAUAUGAAGUGGGUAAAUUAGAUACCAUUAGCAUAGUAUUUUUAAUGUGUUUAUCAUUGGAUCUUUUGCAUGCUUUAAUCUGGUUAAUAUAUUUAAAUUUGCUUUUUUCCCCCUCCAUCUGAAGGCUCUGUUUAUAGUAUUUUAUGACACUGUUGUAAAGUUCAACUAUAUCAAUAAAAAACACAUUUGGACAGUAUUUAAAUAUUGCAAAUAUUUUUAAUUUACUAAUCAAAAUAUAGAGGAAUUAAAUUAGCAAAAAGAGAAGAGCCUCUUUCUGUGGCUAGAAUUGCUCUAGCAUUUUGGUAAGCAAGAUAUUAGAAAAAGAAUUUCAGAUAAAAAUCCUGUAUUUUUAGGUUAGUUUAUGUUAUCUUAGUUACAGGAGACCACCACAGUAAAGUGAAAUCUGCCUAGUGUUCCAUAAGGUAUCUUUUCGGGUGUGGCUAUAGAAUGUAAAUGAAACAAAGUCUAAAUGCUAAAUUUUAUGGGAUAAUGGCAGCAAUAAAUUAAAAUGCUAAGAAUGA